AUGGUGACGCCGCCGCCCGCCUCGAGAGGCUCCCCGGGCUUAAGCCCGCCGCAGCUCGCGGCUGAGAAGCCAGCCAGCCAGCACGAUGGGGCGCGGGCGGCACUGCUGGCACUGCGAGAGGAGCACGUGCGUCUGCGGGAAGCCAACUUGAAGCUUCGGGAGCGCGAGCUGAACAAGAGGCAAGAGAUCGACAGCUUGACCGUCGCACGCGAUCUCACGGCCAAAGAGCUUGCAGCGGUGCAGGAAGACUUGGAGGAGAGCAAACAGGAGCCUGGAGCAGAGCCAAGAGCUGCAGAGCGUGCUGGUGCGGAAGCUGGAGCUCUGCAGAGAGGCGAUCUCCACGGCGGUGAAAAGACGCGUGGAUGCCCUCUAUGCGGUGCCCACCAAGGAGCAGACCGACCCAGCGUCCCCGCGGCGCAGCGCGCAGGUUAG